AAGAUGUCGCUUUUUAAUGACGCAACUUCCUUGCGCCGGCUAUUACGUCCACUAAGGAGCGGUUUUAUGGAGAAUUAGAUUGUUUAAUUUUGGUUAAAAUGUUUAAAAAGAAAUCCAGUAGUGCUGAGAAGAAAAGAAAAUACUCGCAGUCUGAAGAGCGACAUGACAACAGUAAACGCAGGAGUACGGAGUCGAAUCUGGAGCAGGACUCCAAAGAUGAGCUUGCUGACCCAGAGCUGGACCGUAUUGGCAGUGACAUUGAGGAGGGGGGACUGGACCUCAACCUGCCAUUUCAGCCCAUCACUGCAUAUGUCACAGACAAGCGGGAGAUGCUGGAGCAGUGUUUUCAUUCACUGGGGGAGAAGAAGCUACGGAAGAUGCUACCUGAUGAACUCAAGGACUGUAGUUUGAAUGAAAUCAAACAGCUGUGCUGGGAGCGACUGGAGCCAAUCUCAGAGAAGCACCUGAUUCAGAUCUUAUCAGGCGAAGAACUGACACCUGGAAACACAGAGGGGACCUUGGAAAGCCAGCAAGACAAUAAUGUAGACUCUACAUCUUGCCUCAAGGGAACAGCUAAAUCUGAAGAACCUAAACAAGAGGGUGGUGGUUCAGGCGAGGAGAGUGACGUUCUAAGCAUAAAUGCAGAUGCGUAUGAUAGUGACAUUGAGGGGUUGAAAGAGGAGCAGACUGUUAAAGCUAUGGCUGGGACAGUAAAAGAAGGGGACGGCAGAGGGGAGGCUGCUCCCCCAGCUGUGAACCCAGGCCCAGCUGAUCCAGAGCCUCCAGCAGGCUCUCAGCCGACAGAGGCAAAGAAAGACAUUCAAAGUGACAUCGACAAAAGCGUUAGUGAGAUUUUAGCCUUUUCUUCCACUUCAAACAAAGACGUAGCUGGAGAAGAGAGUGUACCGCUGCACUCCGCAGAUGUCAGUUUACCUGUCAGAGGAGGAUCACCGCCGAGUUGUGCACCUGCAGUAUGUCAGCCGUCCAUUCAGCAGCUGGAGCUUCUGGAGCUGGAAAUGAGGGCUCGGGCCAUCAAGGCUCUGAUGAAAGCAAGCAAUGGGAAAAAGCCCUCUGCAGCAGAGAAUGGUUAAGAUAGGUUUAUUUCUUUACAACAUAGUUAAGAUUCUCUCUCAUUUAAACCUGAUGUAUUGUUCUGAGUAAACCAUUCAAACCAUGGUGUAUUAUUACUCCAUACUGGAAUGCAGUUGCAGACUGUUUAAUGCUAAAUUAAAAACAAAGACCUGUGCUAUUCCCACUCGGUAUCUUUUGGGAAUGAAUGAACAUGCAAAUAGUAUGAAAUGUAGUUUUCCCCAUUGGCCACUGGAUGGCACUGUUACUCCACAACAAUAAGCUCAUGGUCCUGUUUUUAAUUUGCACCUGGGAGAGCAGCAUAAAGCUUGCGCUACAAUAAAUCUAGUCAUGAGCAUUAUGAGGUUCCUUUAGUAAUCUGCAGUAGUGGAGGUUCUCGCUGAGGCAGUGUUAAGAGAUGUUUUUGCAGGUGGCAGCAAUGUUGUGCUGUUAUUUAGACGUACUUCCAGUGCUUGUUUGUCCCUCAUCCCCGCUCCCCACCUGAAGACCAGUUUGUCUUGGCAAACAGGAGCAUGCAUACUGUAGUAAUACCAUGUACUGCCAGCACUUUCAAAUUUUUCUCCUAAAUGCUCAGUCUGGUUUAUGAUGCCACUUGAAACUGAAUAUUUAUGUGACAAUGGAAAGAAAAACCCUGCAGCCACUAAGACACAACAGAGAGAUGCAAAAUAAAGCUAAGAUCAUUAGACCAGCUGGUCUCACCUACACUAUAUAUCCAGUUAAAGAACCUACUACUUUUAUCUACCAGAGUAAAUUUCACUUUUCUCUUCUUGUACUUGUGUGUAUAUACUGCUGCUAAGUGUCCUCUCACCUAAUACCUAGUAGUGUUUUGGCUGUAAUUUAUUCUCAAGCUGCGUUGUUCCACUGUGAGCUGUAAGGUUGUGGUGUGUGUGUGUGUGCCUGCGCAAUUACAUGCAGAUGCAGAGCAAAACACCUCAAAGAAGACAAUGAAAUGUAUGAUAAGAAGCCAGUUGCCUCCUGAGUAUUUGCAUUUAAAAGGGUGAUUUCAUGGAAGAAGUGAGAAUGGUGGGGGUUUAUCUCAUCCAUGCAUUUAUCGGCGUGAAUUUUUGUAGUCAUUGAUGAUUUCAAGAGGAAAAUACCCACUUUAGUAGAAAGGGGUACAAUUCUAAAGUGCUUGUGGUUUCUAUGAUUGCUGAGUAUUUAUCGGUGUCAUUUUACUGCUAUUAGAAUGCCAAUUAUAAUUUAGUAUGAGCAGAUAAAUGGCUUUUGAGCAGACCUCUAAACGAGUAGGCAGAAAAAUGGAUUGAUGGGGGGUGAGAUGAUACUGUUUAGUUGAGGGAGUACUUUCUGAAUUCAAAUGAACCUGAUGAAUCAUGUUAAAACAUCUAGAUACGAUGCGUCCAUGAACGGUGCUAUUAUCAGUCAAAAACAGGGUUGUACAAAAAGUUCUCCUGGCAGCCAUCUUCUGUCGUUUUCCUCAGUGCUGUGACCCAGCUUGUGAUUAGUGAUGCUCAUCAGAGAUUCAAAACUCUAUCCUCAAAAAUAUUUGUGGUAUUGCUUCUCUGUUUUAACAGUGUAACAAUAUCUCUCAGCUUUGAGAGACUAGGUUACAGUAAAACAAAACGACUAUGUUGUGGCAGACUAUAUACUAUACAUUGUGCUGUAGGAUGUAGCACGUUGGUGCUUUUAGGUUAUAUGCGCUCGCCCGUUAUCUGCAGUCAUCUUUGUCAGUAAGAUGUUAUCAAUACUGCAGUUUUCUUAAUGCAUAUAGUACAUACUAACUAUAGUCUACUAGCAUAUGGUUGGCUCAGAAUCCUGCAGCUGCACAUGUAAAUCACAUGUAUAUGGACGCAGACAAUGGCAGUGGCGGUUAUUGGCUGUUGCUCCUCAAGCUGAGCUCAACUUUGUCUAACAGGCUGAGUUUUAAAAUGACCAGUGUUGAGUUCCAACAUGACUGUUCCUUUGUGCCAUCGAAUAACAAAGCUGUCUGUUCUCUUUGUGUUUGUUUUAUGAAUACAGCGGUUGUGUUUUUUUCCUUAACUUUACUGUCCUUGCUGCUACUUUCUUCCCUAAAGUUUCUAUUGGUGCACAUUUCUGCUUUCUCACUUUUUCAUUAAAUAUUUGUGUUUCA